AAAAACAAAUUUUGUUUCAGCUGAAUAUAAAACAAAAGUUAAUGUGACAAUAGAAGUUUAAGAGGCUUAGUCACGGGCCAAUAUAUAAAUAUAUUUUGCAUAUAGAGAUCCAUGAUUAGACCCAAUAGUCUAUUAACAGCCCAAUAUUCAAGUGGAUCACACAUCUGCUUUCCAUUAUAUAAAUCUCACCUUAUCUUCUUCGUCCCCCUCAAUCAAUGGCGUCGCUAGCCUCAUCUCUGCAGUCUCUGAAGCUCUCCUCCUCCCCAUUCACCCAUGGCUCCACUCCACUCUCUUCUCUCUCCAAACCCAUUUCCCUUCCGAACACCAAGAAACCGGGUUUAGUCCCUGCGAUAAGAGCCAUGAAGACGAUGCAAGGACGCGUGGUGUGCGCAACGAGCGACAAGACAGUGGCGGUGGAAGUGACGAGGCUGGCUCCACACCCGAAGUACAAGAGGCGCGUGAGGAUGAAGAAGAAGUAUCAGGCGCAUGACCCGGAGAACGAGUUCAAGGUGGGUGACGUUGUGAGGCUUGAAAAGAGCAGACCCAUCAGUAAGACCAAAUCUUUCAUCGCGCUUCCUGUUCUCAAGAGGAAUGAUCUUGGGAUUCCGAUGGAGUCUCAGUCGCCGCCGGCGUAGGGGGUAAAGAAUGGUUGUUUACUUGUCUCUCUGAGCAAACUUUGUAAUUCAAUCGGACUGUUGCUGUUCUUGAAGUGCGUUUAUUUUUGAAUUCGAUGUCUAUCAAUGGUGUAUUGCAACUGUGCAAGUUCUUCGGCUUGGUGAAUGGACAUUUUAACCCAAA